UUCGGUACAGCCUGAGCUAUUGCCAGUCAACAUGACUUGAGUCCAUGGAUACGACGGAGAGGAUCUAAAGGGAAGCUAUUGAUAAACUAUUUAUAGUUUAUGUAUUUGCACUUAUAACCUACUGGGGCUUGCUAUCCAUAUCCAGUCGUCAUUCGUUGGCGUUUUUCAUUAGAGUAAUAUAAGGGGGAUCAAGCAACACUGAGUUGUUACGCAACUCAUCCACGUGAAGACACCUGCCGUUCGUGACCAGGAAAGGGGUCGGAAGUGGCUAACAUAUUUAACUCAACCCUGGACGACGACACUCGGGAAUAUGACGACGAAUUAAACUUCUAAUUAGAUGAAAAAACUUUACGGGAUUAUCAACAAUCAUGAGAUAUUGUCAUUUAUAAAACGCUGCAGUUACUUUUCAGUUUUCGUUGAUAGUGUUGGACCAUGUCCGUAAACGAGUUAUAUUCAAAGUACACUCGGGUGUGGAUCCCAGACCCAGAGGAUGUAUGGAGAGCUGCAGAGAUCAUCAAGGACUACAAGGAAGGAGAGCCAAUCCUGCACCUCAAACUUGAAGAUGAAUCGCCGUUGGAAUACCGCAUCGGACCCAAAGACAACCCUCUUCCCUUCCUGCGGAACCCUGAUAUCCUGGUGGGGGAGAAUGACCUCACAGCGCUCAGCUACCUUCACGAGCCUGCUGUCCUGCACAACCUCAAAGUGCGCUUUCUCGAGCCCAACCACAUCUACACAUACUGUGGUAUCGUACUGGUGGCCAUCAACCCCUACGACCAGCUUCAGAUCUAUGGAGAGGAGGUCAUCAAUGCCUACAGUGGGCAGAACAUGGGAGACAUGGACCCACACAUCUUUGCUGUUGCUGAGGAGGCAUACAAGCAGAUGGCCAGAGAUGAGAGGAACCAAUCCAUCAUAGUAAGUGGGGAGUCUGGGGCAGGGAAGACCGUCUCUGCUAAGUAUGCCAUGCGGUUCUUCGCCACUGUGGGAGGGUCGGCCAACGACACCAACGUUGAGGAGAAGGUGCUGGCCUCCAGCCCCAUCAUGGAGGCUAUUGGAAAUGCGAAAACCACGCGCAAUGACAACAGCAGUCGUUUUGGGAAGUACAUCCAGAUUGGUUUUGACAGGCGUUAUCACAUAAUAGGUGCCAACAUGCGCACGUAUCUGCUGGAGAAGUCUAGGGUGGUGUUCCAGGCUGAGGAUGAGAGGAAUUACCACAUCUUCUACCAGUUGUGUGCCUCUGCUAGCUUCCCGGAGUUCAAAGACCUAGCCUUGACCAGUGCGGAAGACUUCAUCUUCACAUCGCAAGGAGAGAACAUCUUCAUUGAGGGGGUGAAUGAUGCCGAGGACUUCAAGAAGACGAAAGAAGCCUUUACACUACUGGGUGUUAAGGAGAGCAAUCAAAGCAGCAUCUUCAGAAUCAUAGCUUCCAUUCUGCAUCUGGGGAACGUGGAGAUCUGCUCGGAGAGAGACGGAGACUCCUGCCACAUAUCAAGGAACGACCCUCACUUGACGCACUUUUGCCGGUUGCUGGGGGUGGAGCUGGAGCAGAUGGAACACUGGCUUUGUCACAGGAAGCUGGUCACCACGUCAGAGACCUACGUCAAGAACAUGUCCCGCAAACAGGCGGCUAAUGCCCGCGACGCGCUCGCCAAACACAUCUACGCCCACAUGUUUGACUGGAUCGUGGAGCACGUCAACAGGUCCCUGCACACCUCCUCCAAACAACACUCCUUCAUCGGUGUUCUGGACAUCUACGGAUUUGAGACCUUUGAGAUAAACAGCUUCGAGCAGUUCUGCAUCAACUACGCCAAUGAGAAACUGCAGCAGCAGUUCAACCAACAUGUGUUCAAGCUGGAGCAGGAGGAGUACAUGAAGGAGCAGAUCCCCUGGACGCUCAUCGACUUCUAUGACAACCAGCCGUGUAUCGACCUCAUCGAGGCCAAGCUGGGCAUUCUGGACCUGCUGGAUGAGGAGUGCAAGGUACCCAAAGGGACAGAUCAGAACUGGUGCCAGAAGCUGUACGAUCGCCUUUCAAGCAGUGUCCAUUUCCAGAAACCACGGAUGUCCAACAUAUCUUUCAUUAUCAUUCACUUUGCUGAUAAGGUUGAGUACCAGUGUGAGGGCUUCCUGGAGAAGAACAGAGACACCGUCUACGAGGAACACAUCAACAUUCUGAAGGCCAGCAAGUUUCAGCUCGUGGCGGAUCUGUUCCAGGACACUAAUAAAGACGGAAGCAGCUCCACGUCUUCUUCCAGCAAGUCCUCCAGGAUCAACGUGCGCUCAGCCAAACCGACACCUAAAGUCCCCAACAAGGAACACAGGAAAACCGUGGGCCACCAGUUCCGCAGCUCCCUGCAGCUUCUCAUGGAGACCCUGAAUGCCACCACCCCCCACUAUGUGCGUUGCAUCAAGCCUAAUGAUGAGAAGGAGGCAUUCUCGUUUGACUCCAGGAGAGCUGUGCAGCAACUGAGGGCAUGUGGAGUCCUGGAGACCAUCCGCAUCAGUGCUGCUGGGUACCCAUCAAGGUGGACGUACCCAGACUUCUUCAACAGAUACAGAGUCCUCAUGAAGAAGUCAGAUAUGACCGUAGGAGACAAGAAACUGGUGUGUAGGAACCUACUAGAGACCCUGGUCAAGGACCCAGACAAGUUCCAGUUUGGUAAGACCAAGAUCUUCUUUCGGGCGGGCCAAGUGGCCUACCUGGAGAAGCUGAGGGCAGACAAGUUCCGCUCCGCCUGCAUCAAGAUCCAGAAGACAGUGCGACGCUGGCUACAGAUGGUCCGCUACAAGAAGAUACGCAAGUCUGCCAUCACCUUGCAGAGAUUUGGCCGCGGUUACAUGGCCCGCAGGUAUGCAGAGCGGCUGCGUCUAACCCGCGCUGCUGUUAUCUGUCAGAAGCAGUAUCGUAUGGUCCGAGAGCGGACGGCCUAUCUGAGGGUGAGACAGGCUGUUGUCACCAUCCAGGCCUUUACCAGGGGCAUGUUCACCCGCAGGAUCUUCCAGGAGUUCCUUCUGCAUCACAAAGCCAUGAUCAUCCAGAAGCAUGUCCGAGGCUGGCUCACCAGGAGGAAGUUCAAGUUGGCACGGAACGCCGCCAUCACCAUCCAGUGUGCCUACCGCCGCAUGCGAGCCAAGCGGGAGCUGAAACAGCUGAAGAUUGAGGCGAGGUCCGCUCAACAUCUGAAGAAGCUCAACACGGGCAUGGAGAACAAGAUCGUCCAACUGCAGAGGAAGAUGGAUGACCAGACCAAAGAUCUGAAGACUCAGAAUGAGCAACUGGUGGUGGCCAAAACCUCCCUGGGCUCAGAGGUGAACAAGCUGCAGAAGGAGCUGGAGACCAUGCGCAGUCGCCAGGGAGACGGUAGUCAGCUGACCUCUAUGAAGGAUGAGCUGGAGAAGCUGAGGGCGGAGCUCCAGGAAGCACAUGCCCACAGGAAGAAGCUGGAGGAGGAGCACAGCAACGAGAAGAUGAGAUUUGAACAGAGAGUGGAGGAGUUGGAGAGGGAGAAUUCCCUGCUGAAGAGUGAAAAGGAGAAGAUGAACCAAAGGAUUCUGCACCACUCCAAGAGCACAGAAGACCAGGAGAGCAGUGCAUCCCAGAGUGUGGGUCGGGUCCAGGCAGAGCUGGAUGAGGAGAGGCAGCGCUAUCAGAACCUGCUCAGGGAAUUCUCACGACUGGAGCAGAGAUAUGACAACCUACAGGAGGCCAAGUUUCAGCCUGGCCACAGGAGGAACAAUUCUAACCAGAGCAGCCUGGAGUCUGACUCCAAUUAUCCCUCCAUUUCUACCUCCGAGGUGGGAGACACUGACGAUGCCAUCCAACUCGUAGAGGAGAUGGGAGUGGAGAAGGCAGCAAUGGACAUCGGUGUGUUCAUGAAGCUGCAGAAGCGUGUUAGGGAGCUGGAACAGGAGAGGAAGAGACUGCAAGUCAACCUGGAAAAGAUGGAGGACCACUCUAAGCGCAAGGGCAUUGAGCCAAAGACGACAUCAGAGCAAGAGAAUGCGGAUCUGGCCUACAACAGUCUCAAGAGACAGGAGCUGGAAUCUGAGAACAAGAAGCUGAAGAAUGACCUGAACGAGCUGAGGAAGGCCAUCGCUGACCGCGCCUCCAAGAACAGCUCCUCCAAUGAGCUUCAGGAUGGCUACAACCUGUUGCUGGGUCAGCUCAAGGCAGCCAAUGAGGAGCUGGAUGUGCGCAAGGAGGAGGUCCUUAUCCUCAGGAGUCAGAUUGUCACCGCAGCCCAGCAGAAAGAGAAGGACACAACCAAUCACAUUGAAACCAAUAACUUGCCUGAAUGGACCAACAGCAAGAAGCCCAUAGACAAGGAGGAGGCUCUGAGGUCCUAUCAUGGACUCUGUGAGUCUAAGAAGCUGUUGGAGGCCCAGCUCCAGUCUCAGGCCAGGAAGCACGAGGAUGAGCUGGAGGCGUUCCGCACCCAGAUUGAGCUGCUAAGGGACGACAUAGAGAAGAAGCAGGAGAUGCUAAACCACACCAUGUCUCUGUCCCCUGAGGCCCAGGUGGAGUACAGCGUCCAGCAGGAGAUCACCCGCCUCACCAACGACAACCUGGACUUAAAAGAGCUUGUGGAGAAAUUGGAGAAGAACGAGAGGAAGCUGAAGAAGCAGCUGAGGAUCUACAUGAAGAAAGUACAGGAGCUGGAAGUGUCCGUGACUGCAGCAGCAUCCCAGUCCACCACGGCCAAACCAGAGAUGACCCGUCAGGUGACUGUCCAGCGCAGAGAGAAGGACUUUGAGGGCAUGCUGGAGUACUACAAAGAGGACGAGGCCCUGCUGGUCAAAACGCUCAUCACCGACAUGAAGCCCCACGCUGUAUCAGCAACAGUGCCCUGCCUACCUGCCUACAUCCUCUUCAUGUGCAUCCGCCAUGCGGACUACAUCAACGAUGACCAGAAGGUCCACUCUCUGCUCACCUCCACCAUCAACGCCAUUAAGAAGGUCCUCAAGAAAAACAACGAUGACUUUGAGAUGACCUCCUUCUGGCUGGCCAACACGAGCCGUCUGCUGCACUGUCUCAAGCAGUACAGUGGAGAUGAGGCGUUUAUGACUCAGAACACGGCCAAGCAGAAUGAGCACUGUCUGAAGAACUUUGACCUGGCAGAGUACCGCCAGGUGCUGAGUGACCUCUCCAUCCAGAUCUACCAGCAGCUCGUCAAGGUGGCAGAGCAUGUGAUGCAGCCCAUGAUCGUAUCGGCCAUGUUGGAGAGUGAGUCUAUCCCCAGCCUUGCGGGAGUGAAGCCCAUGGGUUACAGGAACCGCUCCUCCAGCAUGGAUAAGGACGAGGAGGGCCCAGGGAGCUACACCCUGGAGGCCCUGAUCAGACAGCUGGGCCAGUUCCACGGGGUGAUGGGCGAGCACGGCCUCGACCCAGAGAUAGCAGGCCAGGUGAUCCGGCAGCUGUUCUACAGCAUCAACGCUGUCACCCUCAACAACCUGCUGCUCAGGAAAGACGUCUGCUCCUGGAGCACUGGCAUGCAGCUCCGGUACAACAUCAGUCAGAUGGAGGAGUGGCUUCGGGGGAAGAACCUCCACCAGAGCGGGGCCGUGAUUAACAUGGAGCCCGUCAUCCAGGCCGCCCAGCUGCUUCAGGUCAAGAAGAAGACGUCCCAGGACGCCGAGGCCAUCUGCUCACUGUGUACCGCUCUCACCAUGCAACAGAUUGUGAAAAUCCUCAACCUCUACACCCCGCUCAACGAGUUUGAGGAAAGAGUCACUGUGUCCUUCAUCAGAAACAUCCAGAAUCGUCUGCAGGGGAGGAACGAUGUCCCAAUGCUCCUGGUGGACACCAAGCACACCUUCCCUGUCCUGUUCCCCUAUACCCCCUCAGCCCUUAGCCUGGAGACCCUUCACAUCCCUGCCAACCUCAGCCUACACUUCCUCACUCGAGUCUGAGGCUUCAGCGAGGCCUACCACAGGCCUGGUUCUUAGCAAGGAGAAGCAGAGCCCCACGGAGCUCCCUCUAACCUGGGCAGCUUUCAGUUGCUCUGCUAAACAGCAGAGGGCGCCAAGUCUACAGCACUCAAUGGAAGGCAAAAGAACCUUCCAGCUGACCAACAAUGGAUGCUGUCAAGAUUCUGCCUGUGUAAAUCCAGCAGAAUGUGUCAAGUCAUUCUUUAUAGGUGUCCACAACUGCUUCCUCUAUUUGGCGUCUUCUACAGUUGGGCUAUUGAGAUGCUGUGCUUCGUCAGUUCUGUCCCAUACAGUCAAAUUUAUUUUCAUUCGCUGUAAGUCGUCUCUCUAUGGUAAGCCGACUGUAAAUACAUUCCUCUUAAAGAUGAAUUGAAUCUGUGUAAAUGUGUGCUCUCACUUCCAUUGACACGGUAUUGAUUCCCAGUUAGCCACUCCGCCAAGCAUUCAGUGUCCUGUUUUAUUUAUUGUACAGUGGGCAGUGGUCUACCGUGUCAGUCUGGCUUCCUCAUGAUGAGUUAAUUGUAGCCUCACUCGUCUCUACACCCUGUCAAUGGACAGCAGAUCAGACUUGGGAGCAGCCCUGCAUUGCAGUGGCUCUGUUUGUGACUCAGUCUACACGCAGCACUGUGGCUCUGCUGCUCUCGAUCCUUCCUCUGCCUUGAGGAAUCCUCAGUCUUCAGAGCCCUUCUCUCACUGAGGCUCGAGUUUUGAUCUUAUAUAAGAGCCAUAUCUCUUUGGUGUUCAGAUCAGAGCACACCGUCACACUAUCUCCUACUACACGCUAUGGUCCAGGAAGUCUGAAGCGCUCAACAAAUCUCUGAGAGAUUAGUUGUUGUUUUUACGCUGAAUUCAAUUCAAAUGAAUUGAACCCGUAUCAUUUCCGAAUCAGGAGAAGUGAAGGCAAGCUUUAUGUAAGUGAGGAGUUGGUAAGUGGGGUAGAUCCAUGUGUUUGUGAAGACUAGGGUUGAGUAGAGAUGGGCGAGGGAGCACUUGAAAAUGAGACUGGAGAGUCUCCUGUGCAGAGUAAGGAAAUAGCCAUUCCUGCAGGACAGACUUAGCCUGGUUUCAAAUCUGUUUGUGCGGUCUUGCCAACUCCUGCAUGGCAUGACAAUGACUGGCAGGAGUUGGCAAGACUGCACAAACAGAUCUGGGGCCAUGCUAGUUCUGCUGCAGGACAGAGGGAUUAACCCUUUACACUUGUGGGAAUUGGCAUAUGGAUAGGGCUAAAUUGAAAUGUUUCUCACAGAAUACAUAAGGAAAGCAUAUGCAUAAGCAUGGUAACAAUUGAAAGGGAACCGUUUGGAUAUUGUGGGGAAAUUAUUAGACCAAAAUUGAAGACACAACCUGACACACUCAGACUGAAUCCAAACAUUACACUGUUGAUUGGAUGUGCAUUUUACAUUUACUGUACAUUUUGCCGCAUUUGUUGAUAAUGAAAUCCUGAAAAUACUCAGGAUACAUUCAGUAACAUGAGAAUAUUCCCUGGAAAAUGUGGGGUAGGUGCAACAUAAUACCAAAACAACGACACUCAAACCGAGUGAGAGGACUAACUGGUUUCCCUCACUCGGACAACGAAACGUUUUGCUAAAGUUUCCCAAUUAGCAGGAGGGAUGGGGUUGACUUCUUGUUGCAUGCGGUGGUCAAGUUCAGAACUGCUGUCAGUCAAAAUCCUACAGAGCUGUGAAGCGCAGAGCCAGAGCUCUGAUGUAAUGUAUAGCAUGCUACUGUACAUCCACUGCAUUCCAAUUUAGGCGCUUAUCAGUGCCCAAAUCUGCCAUUUAUACAGCUCCGCAUACUGGUACGAGUGUAAAGGGUUAAAGGUUAAGUGGAAGUGAGAGAUUGUUCAUUAGUAAGUGAAACGGGAGGAAAUCAGAAGUGACAUUGGAUGGGAACGAGAAGAGCCACACAGCUAUCAAAGACUACUGAUGAGAGAGGAAGAAUGAAUCCUGACUUCCAAUGAUGACUACAUUUUGAGCCCAAGUAAUCGAAAGCGGCAUUUGUCUGAUUUGUUGUCGUUUCCUUGGACUCCUGCCACAGUUGUGAAGCAAAGAGCACGUGGAAGGUCAACGUAACUUCAUGACGAUACAUGGAGAGCACUGUAUCUCAAAGUUAAGACUGCGAGCGUAUCAGCUCCAUGAAACUGAAGUAAUAAAUAACAGAUCGUGUCUGCAACUCCACUGUUUCCGCACCGGCUAUUCCUAUUGGAUAGAAAACACAUACUGUUGUUGGGCCUCUGAAGUUUUAAGCUCGUCUUCAAAUCACGUUCAGAGAUAUCAGAGCAGCUUUUACUAGAACAAAGCCUGUGUGGGGAAAGGUCUCUAGCUACUAAUGAUGCCACUAACAUGUACAGGACCAUCUUUAAUUCACCUUGUGCUUGUAUUUUGUUUGGAAUAUGUUCAUGUGUUUAUUUUUAGUUCUUUUUUAUUACUGUUGAGAGUUAAUGGUAAAGGGAGCAGGCUUUUUCUAACACUACUACUCGCUCAUUUUGAGUGUCAUUCCUAUUUCCGUUGUAUGUUUUGUAGUGUGGUUAUAUAACUUGGUCUUCUGUCGAUUUUUGUGCCAUUAUAGCAGAGUUUCAGAUGCAGGUUCCUAUAACAUCCUUUCUGCUACUCUCACUUGUAAAGAACUUGAUAUUGCUUAUGUUAAGACUGGAAGUUCAGUAUUUUUCACUGCAUUCCUCUUUAUGUCAUAACUUACGAUUAUAUCAUGAGGCUAUACACAGAAUAACAUAUUUCACAGGGGCCACAUCCCCAGAGAGGCCUUCAGUCUAUGGGCCCUGUGUGCCAAAAUAACAGUUAGAAAACACAAACAAUGCAUACAUUUAACAAUGUCGUAAUGUUCAUCGAUAUAAAAAUAGAGUCGCACACUCUAUAUAUAAACUCCCAGUAAUUUAUUGGGUAAAAUCAUUGAUGAAAUUGAAUUGGAGUCGAGGCCCUGGUGUGUGAUUAGAGUAUGGAUGCCAGCGUUCAUACAUUGAUUGAUGUGUUGUCCUUAAUUGAAGCUCUUUCUAAAGCAGUGGUCUUGUCCUAAAGUUGAAUCUUGAUGUGGACUUUAUAGAAGUGUGUUUGUUUGUAUGCAGAUUAGUACAUGUUGCACAGUAUGAAUUUGGUGACAUGGACACAUUUAUUCUGCCAACAUCUCAUUGAAUGAUCAAGGAUUGUGAAUUAUUUUAGAUGAAGCAUUGAAAGCCCACAAUGAUCUGGUUUUGUGGAUGAGUAAAUGAUACGCAAAUGCAUAUGACAAUGUUUUGUAUGGUCAGGGUGAUGUACGGUUUUCCAUCUUAUAUCUGUACAAUUAGGAAAUGUAUUUAGUCAUUGGGGAGGAAUUAAAAUAGUGUAUUGACUCAGUUUGAACAAAAUGUAACCUCACAAUCUUUCUUUGAAAAAAAUGUUGUAAAAAUGAAAUAAAAUGUUCAAUUUAUA